CAGAAGGAGGAGACAGGGGAGGGGAAAGGUUUUGGAGACUUUGACCUCUGGAUUUCCUCCUGUUGUCCUCAGCCUGCCUAGAGAGUCACUCACACAGUCUUGGCCCUCCCUCCCUCCCUCCCUUUUUUGCCCCCUCCCUCCUCUGUCUGUCCUGUUUUUCUUUUCUCUCUUCCCCUUUUCUCCCUUUCCUUUCCUCUCUCUUUGCGCCUUGAUCUCCAUCUGCCCACAAGGAUCACAUUUCUCUUCAGUCCAUUUGUCCCCUAGCUUCCCUGUCCCCAUUAGGAGAGAAGAACCAUGGCUCCUGGGGAGGGCAGGAAGAAGCUAAGGAUCUACUUUCGAUGUUCUUUCGUUGGCUUUGUCACUGGGCUGUUUGCUGGUUUCCUGGUGUCCUUUCUGAUUUGCUAUUUUCUCUACAGACCCUUCAGCAAAGUCCACUGUGAGCCAGAGAACAACAGAUUCAGGGAAAAACAGGGAGAAAGUAACAAAGCAAUUCACACAGCUCAUCUCCUGCUCAACCACACAGGUUCCCGUCAGGACAAUACUCUGAAGUGGCAAGGCGAUCCAUCCCUGGGUCGCUCCUUUAUCUAUGGCCUUACUUUGAUCCAGGGUUCCUUGCAAAUCCAGCGCAGUGGCAUUUAUGGCAUCUAUGUUCAGGUGACUCUGGCCAAAUGUAUCCAGGCCAGAGCCCAGAACCCUGAGCUUAAAGAGACCAAGGCUUCAACCUUGACCAUUGGCAACCUUUCUGCACAGGGCCGCCAUUCAAGUCUCCUGCGAAGACACUUCCAAGGCAGAUGCUCGUUGAGUGCCAGCCUCCAAGUGAACCUCAACUACCAGGACACCCUUUAUGUCAACCUCACAUAUCCCCUAGUGCCUUCACCCAAUGCUGAUGAGACUUUCUUUGGAGCUUCUUGGUUAUAUCCACCUCCUCCUCCAGAAUACUGAUGAUCCUGGACUUCCAAGGUGCUGUAACCCAGCCAGGUGAAUUCGCUGAAAACUGAUGCUGAGUGGUUCCUGGCUUUACUUCACCGUUAUUCCCUGAGCGCAUCCUAAGCUAUAGCCAAAUAGAGCUUCAUGAUCUUCCCCAGACUGAUUAGGAGCCUCAGUGUAUUUAUUCAGGCUCCUCCCCUACCUGGAAUAGACUUUCUUAGUUCCCACUUUCAGAAUACUUCUCUUCCUUCAAGGCUCAGCUUAAAGCUUCAUCUCUUUUGUAAAACCUUCCCUCCCAGUGUCAUUUUUUGAAUCUUUACAUCUCUGGUACUUGAAUUUUGUGCAGAAUGAGAAUUUAAUAAAUAUCAAAAUGAAUAGACAGAUUGAAAUUGGGUAUCUCCUAGAGGUUUAGACAAAACUGUUGCUUUUUUGUGGCUAUGGAUUCACUCUGUACCCCUGUAACAGUUAGAAUUCCAGUGUGGAGAGUGAUUUACCUGUUAUUAGAAUGCAAGUUUCCUGGCUCUUAGCCUAGGAAAGGCUAGGACAGAAGAAAUAGGAAGUUGUAGAGUAGGAGGAUGGAGGAUUUGACUGGGUAGCAGAUGAGGGAUAGAAGUAUGGAGCAGAGCAAGGAAUCUUAAGGUUAAAAAAUUGGUCCUCCCAAACAUCUUGUCUCCUGCUCCUAGAGCAGGGAUUCUUUUAAAAAAAUAUUUUUUUAUUUACAAAGCAUAUG